AUGACCGGUUUAAGGCGUGAGGAUGAACUCAAAUUGAAAGAAUUAAAUGAACUUUGCCAGCAGGUGGGCCGACGAAAUCUACCGGAGGAUGAUCAACUCUAUAUGCUUUAUCUAGAAGACUGUUAUGAUUCUUUCCUGGAGGAGGGAUUGCGAAAACUUCGUGGGGAAUACGAAAAGGAAUCUCUGAAAGGUAUUAAACGACUCUUUCGAUGCAAAUCAAAGAAUAAUAAAUUGGAAUGUAAUCAACAUAGAAAUAAUAAUAUAUUAACAGUGCCAUCAUCUAAUAGCAGUGCUACUGGUACAACAACAACAACAACAACAACAACAACAGAAGAGGAAGAAGAAGAAGAAGAGAGAGAUAAGGAAAGCGGUGUAUCUAUUUCUUCACAUUUAGAUAAACCCGCAGCAGUGAGCUCUUCAGAGAGAUGUGGAAACAAACUGUGGAGUUGGAUCACGGAUGAUAUUGUCGUUGGUGGAGUACCGCAUGCGAGUUCUCAUCCCACUGCGGGGCAUUUACUUGAAUUCUGGCGACAGUGUGUGGCGAGAGGUGGUUCAGCACUUACGGUGAUUUCUUGUUUAGAAGCGGAGGAAACAAUUCCAGCAGGAUUUGCAACGUUAAAGGAUUGGCAACGAUUUACUGGAAUAACAGAGUUUUACUUGGUGCCAUUUAUUCCAUCGGAGAAACAGGAGAAUCCACCGGAAGUGAGUAAAGAGAUGAUGGAGGAGUUGGUGAUGCUUUGUAGUAACGUUUACAAUGCAUAUCCCAUUCUUAAUAAUAAUAAUAAUAAUAAUAAUAAUAAUAAUAAUAAUAAAGAUAAGAAUAAUGAUAGUGAUUGCAGGUGUAGUCCAUGUGGAAAGGGUUUAUGUUGGAAGUUUCACCUUGGAAAAGGAAAACGCAGGUUUACAUCUGAUAUAAAGACACACCGCAUAGUGUAUAUAAUGUGCAAAACAGGUCAAACACGGUCCUGGGUGUUGGCAAUGGUGUAUCUGAUGACACAGUAUAGUAUGGAGUAUAAUGAGGCCAAUCAACUCUUGUGUCGAAUGCGGGCAUUUGAACCGAGUCCAUCGCAGGUGGAAUUUGCAUUUAAAGUAUCAGACUAUAUUCAUCAUCCACGAACUGUUGAAAAGACAAUGGAGGAACAAAUGUAUUCUGAAGUAUUGACUCAGGUACUUUCUCUUUCACCUCUUUACCGAGAGCGACUCUUGCGUGAUCUUGAAAAGUUAACCUAG